CGCUAAUACAAUUGAGUUUACCACACACGCAUACGAAUAUUCCACUGCGGCCGAAGAUCGACCAAACAAGAACAAGAAAUAUAGAAAACAAUCUAUUUUCUUGCUAAUUUUUUUUAAAUUAAAUUUGUACAAUCGUAGAGAAAUUAUCUGUUUGCUUGCCCUCCUUGACAUGAGGAUAAUUGCUCACUGAUUCAGAUUUCAGAAAUCUGAUUCUUCUUGAUAUCUUGCAUUUAUAUUAUAAAAUCAAGAACGUCUGUUCCACGUAAAAUCCAAAUCUUGAACUAGUAUUUGCUGCCAAAUCCGAAGGAUAUUGGUUCAAAGCUAAGUGAAUUAGAGGUGGAGGGAGACGGUGGGGUUAAUGAAAAUGGGGGCUAGAUCAACCGUGUCGUUGAUCAGGAAGGCUGUUCCCGCUACCGGAGCAACAAUGACUACAGCCUCCGCCGCGACGUCGCCUGUAUCGUCAUCAUCAAUAUUUACGAAUUUCCCUCUCAUAUCUGCUCUUCUUGCCUUCACCGUUGCUCAAUCCAUCAAAUUCUUCACCGUCUGGUACAAGGAACGGCGAUGGGAUCUGAAGCAACUUGUUGGGUCUGGUGGUAUGCCUUCAUCCCAUUCUGCAACUGUAACUGCUCUUGCCAUUGGUGUUGGUUUGCAGGAGGGAUUUGGAGGUUCACUUUUCGCUACUUCAUUGAUUUUAGCAUGCGUGGUAAUGUACGACGCUACAGGUGUCAGAUUACAAGCGGGACGCCAAGCACAGGUUCUCAAUCAAAUUGUAUAUGAACUCCCUGCUGAGCAUCCUCUUGCCGAAAGCAUACCACUACGUGAACUUCUGGGUCAUACACCCCCUCAGGUUAUUGCUGGUGGAUUGUUAGGAAUUGUGACAGCGGCUAUUAUUCAUUUGAUUUCAUAUUUUGGAACUCAGGCCUGAUAACCCACCUAGGAUCAUAAAAGGUGCAGCACUUGUUAGCGGAUUAGUUUGCAUAGCAUAUUAGUCUACUCUGACAAGCCUCUCAGAUCUGUGGCUUCACAUCUAAACUGUUCGGGAUGGUGUUUCUGCUAUACAGUUAGAUAAUUCUUGUGUGAAAAAGACAAAAUACAUUCUUUCGGUCUUCAAAAAACAGAUGGGUUACAUGCAAAAAUGUGAAUAUGUGAUAUGAGCAUUUUCCCUCUUGAUGGCAAAUAAUGUUAAGUAAAUUGUUGCAAACAAGAGUAAAACAUAAGUGAUGUGAAUGUGUGAUGAGUAUUUUGUUCC